GAGAGAGAAAGAGAGAGAGAGAGAGAGAGAGAGCAGAAGAAGAGUUUAAAGCAGUUGAGACACACCGCCUGCAUGGAUGUAUGAGAUCUCUGUCACGCGCACUGAGGCGGUUUUCGGUUCCAGAAGGAGUUUGUUUUUCUGCACGGGCUUCCCGACAGGCUGAAGGUGAAAGCUCGGGCCCCUACCACCACCACCACCCUCACCACCACCACCACCCUGUGCACAAUGCGCGGUGUGUAUAGCUGAGGGCGGAUCAUUAUGGCCGAGCCGGAGGCUGCGGACACGGCGGCGAGACCCGCGCGAGACUUUCCCUCCGCUGCGGCGCGUGAGAGCGAUGCUGCUGCUGCUGCUGCUGCUGUCUCUGCAGACACGCGCGCGCUCCUCACCGGCGGCCCCGGAGCGCGCGGAGCCGAGGCGGUGCACAAUAACGGCGGACACCGGAGCCGCGACAGCUCAGCGGAGAGGAGCCAAGGAACCGGGAGCGCACCUUGCGGCAUCAUGAAGAACAACUCCAAGCAGCGGCAGGUGAGGAAAAAGACGGUGUCAUUCAGCUCCAUGCCAAGCGACCGCAAGAUGAACAGCACAGCUGCCUGCAUGGCCUUCAUGUUGGAGGGAUGCGAGAUGAAAAAGGUUCGCUCCAACUCACGCAUGUACAACCGGUACUUCCUACUUGAUCCAGAUUUGCACUGGCUCCGCUGGGAACCUUCAAAAAAGGAUUCUGAAAAGGCUAAGUUGGAGAUCAAAAGUAUCAAAGAGGUGCGGUUAGGGAAGAAGACCCCUGUCCUACGCAGCAACGGUCUCUCAGAUCAGUUUCCAGAUGAGUGUGCUUUCUCAAUCAUUUAUGGAGAUAACUACGAGUCUUUGGAUUUAGUGGCAAGCACAGCAGAUGUGGUCAGCACCUGGGUGAUGGGACUACGCUAUUUGGUCUCUUAUGGACGGCACAUGGUUGGAGUGGUUGAAGCCACUCAGCCGAGCUUAAGAACAUCCUGGAUUGGCUCAGUGUUCGAGUUGGCUGAUGUCAAGAGGCAGGGUCACAUUGAUCUGUUCCGUGCCACACAGAUAAUCAAGGGGCUUAAUCCAGGCAUGAGGGAGUCACGGAUUGAGCUGAAGUUUAAAGAACUUCAGAAAGCCAAAGAAUGCUAUGGCGAGGCCAUUGACCUCGACUUGUUUGUCGAGGCAUAUUGUGAAUUGUGCACAAGACCUGAGAUAUUUUUCCUGCUUGUGCAGUUCUCUAGCAACAAGGAGUACCUGGAUUCUAAGGACUUAAUGUUGUUUGUGGAAGUUGAGCAGGGAGUAGAGGGGGUGACAGAAGAUAUGUGCCGUAAGAUUGUGAGAAAAUAUGAGCCAUCAGCAGAAGGUCGUGAUCACGGUUACCUAUCUAUUGAUGGUUUUACACAUUACCUCUUGUCAUCUGAGUGCCACAUUUUUGACCCACAGCACAAAAGCGUUUGUCAGGACAUGACACAACCCCUGUCUCAUUACUACAUCAACUCCUCGCACAAUGCCUCCUUGCUGGAGGACCAUUACUGGGGUUCCUCAGACAUUAGCAGCUAUGUCCGUGCUCUACGCAUGGGCUGCCGCAGCAUAGAGGUAGUGGUGUGGGAUGGCCCUGACUGUGAGCCUGUAGUCUACGUAGGCAGCUCUGUGGCCUCCCAGUUGGCCUUCUCAAAAGUCCUGGAUGUCAUUAACCAGUAUGCCUUUGAGAGCUCAGAGUACCCUCUUAUUCUGUGCCUAGUGACACAUUGCAGUGUCCCACAGCAGAGGGUCAUGGCCCAGCACAUGAAGAAGAUCUUGGGGGACAAACUCCACACAGAACCUCCAAGUCCUGAGGAAAACUAUCUGCCCUCGCCAGAAAAACUAAAGGGCAAGAUACUUCUGAAAGGGAAAUGCCUUCCACCUGACAUACAGGAUUCUGAAGGGGAGGUGACUGAUGAGGAUGAGGGGCUUGAGAUGUCACGGCGCAUGGUGGGAGCAGACGAGAAGGACCAUCUCAAUGGUUUUGGUUGCAAGAAGCUGCAACUUUGUAAAAAAUUGUCAGAUCUCGUCACUCUUUGCAAAUCUGUCCAAUUUAGAGAUUUUGAGUCCUCCAAGAGGGAACAGAAGCACUGGGAGAUGUGCUCUUUCAACGAGGUGGAUGCUAAUCGCUUUGCUAAUGAAUACCCCGAGGACUUUGUCAGUUAUAAUAAGCGAUUUCUAUCACGGGUAUACCCAACUCCCAUGCGCAUUGAUGCCAGCAAUAUGAACCCACAGGACUUCUGGAAAUGUGGUUGUCAGAUCGUGGCUAUGAAUUACCAAACGCCAGGCCUGAUGAUGGACCUCAAUUUGGGUUGGUUUAGGCAAAAUGGCAACUGUGGUUAUGUGCUACGCCCUGCGAUAAUGCGCGAGGAGGUCUCGUACUUCAGUGCCAAUGCUCGUGACUCUUUACCUGGCGUAUCUGCCCAGCUCCUCCAUAUCAAGGUGAUCAGUGGCCAAAACCUGCCAAAACCUCGAGGCUCAGCAGCAAAGGGUGAUGUGGUUGAGCCAUACAUAUAUGUUGAGAUCCACGGGAUCCCUGCUGAUUGUGCUGAACAGCGCACAAAGACUGUAUCACAGAAUGGCGACAAUCCCAUUUUUGAUGAGAGCUUUGAGUUCCAGAUCAAUCUCCCUGAACUAGCAGUUUUGCGUUUUGUAGUUCUUGAUGAUGAUUAUAUUGGGGAUGAGUUCAUUGGACAGUACACCAUACCCUUUGAGUGUCUACUGCCUGGAUAUCGUCAUGUACCGCUGCAGUCACUUACCGGAGAGUUUUUGCCCAAUACCACAUUAUUUGUUCACGUGGCCAUUACGAACAGGCGUGGUGGAGGCAAAGCUCACAAGAGGGGUCUUUCUGUGAGGAAGGGUCGCAAGGCAAGGGAGUACACUUCAACCAAGACCACUGGGAUCAAAGUGAUAGAUGAACUCUUCAGGGCUUCCACGCAACCACUUCGGGAGGCAACAGAUUUGCGGGAAAAUGUGCAGAACGCAAUGGUGUCAUUUAAGGAGCUAUGUGGGUUGACCCCAGCGGCUAACAUGAAGCAGUGUAUCCUGACCGUCUCAUCAUGGCUGCUGAACAGCGAAAAGUCUCUGUGUGUCACCGUGGACUUGAGCGAGUCCUACCCCACCAUGGAAGCCCAGGGUGCUGUCCCUGAACUACUGCGCAAAGUUCUUAUGGCCUACGACACGAUGAUCCAGACGAGUCGUACUCUGAUCGAAUCAGCAGAUAGUGUCUACUCCAAACUUACCCAGUCACAACGAGCAGGGUUGGAUUUCCAUGAAGGUCUGCACCAGAUCGGCGCCAAGGAGGGCCUGAAAGGUAGAAAACUGCAGAAGGCUAUGGAGAGCUACGCCUGGAACAUUACUGUUCUCAAGGGCCAAGCGGACUUGUUGAAGCACGCCAAAUCCGAGGCGAUGGACACCCUGAGGCAGAUCCACUACGCUGCUCACUCUUGCGGCUUGGCCAAGAACGGAGCCUCCACUUCACCGGCCUCGCCUUUGCUGCCCCCUUACCCGCGGCCCCUCGGAGCCUUGCACACCAUCCCUGAGACAGACUACCCCACCACAGACACAAAUACCCUACACUGAUCUAUACACACAGAGCGAGAGGGAGGGAAUGAGACAGGACAUGUGAUCUUGGAAAGGUAGGAACAAAGCAGUGUCUUCAAAGACACGGAGAUAGAUGGAAUAAAAGGCUGUCGAUGCAGGAGAAGGCGGCAGAUCUGUACAGAUUGGUCCACUGUCUCUUCAGUUAGUUGCUAGACGAGUGGAAAAGUCGACUAGCUCUGAGGCAUCUGUAAUGAGAAGAUAGAAAUGGCUGCUUUAUGUUCCUGUAUGGACUCUGGUGAAAUCUCUAACAUGAGCCUCUUACACUGUAACCUAAUGCUUAAACCUAGACAAAAAUGAAACCUGGUCUUUCAUCCUAGUUGUCAUCUUUGAAAGUUGUAAAGACCAGGAAUGUCCCAUAAAUCAUAUAAUAGUAAUAAUAUCCAAACGAAGCUCAAGUAAUAAGUAUAAUAAUAAAGAAUUACAUAAAUCAAGGGCAGGCUAUAAUAAAGGCACACACAUGCACGUCCAUAUUUUAUUUGAUAUUAUUUUAUGUUUAUAUUUCUGUCCUUUGGACUUUUAUCCAGGGGUUUUAUCCAGUGUGUGAAGGUGUGUUAUCUGUCAGAGCUAAUACUCACUAUCGUGUUCAAACUGGAACUUGGACUUCUUCCUCCGUUGAAACAAAACUGAACUCAAAGGAAAAAAAAAAAAGAUAUACAGCACAGAGACUCAGACAAGCAAGUAACGUAAAUUGUGAAUUAUUUCAGUCAAUAAUUUUAGAACUAAUCGAAGGACACUUUACAGUCUAGCUCUGAGCAAUUCACACUGUUUGUGAACAAAGUGACUAUUGUAAUAACUACUGUAACUAUUGUGGGUAGGUGUAUUAAUAUUGCAGUUAUUUUAUAAUUACAGUAUGUCCUGCUGUACCCAUAGUCAAGAUGUCACUGGAAUGGAAAAGGUCAAAGGUUAAAAGCCAAAAAGGGUGAAUGGAAGGGGAGGGGGGAUUUUUAGAGAAAGAGUAACAGGUGUUGUGGCGUCUCCAGAAUAACGCCUCAUUUGAUUUCUUUCAUUUAUUAAGCCCAUGAUAUAUUAUAAAAGUGAAAUGGCACUAGAACUAAUGGUUUCUUGUCUUUUAUUUGCGCCUGUAAAUUCACAUCUUACACAUUUAAGAAUUACAGAUUAGAGUAUAAAUUUGUGUAUUUAUUUAAUUGUAUUUCUUUUUUUUUCUUUUUUUUUUUUACAUCGAGGGUGGUGUGAAACGACCUGACAUGGUUACUGGUACCACUCCAAAGUUGAUUAUUUUCCUUUAACAGCAUGCCCUGAAGAUUUUUUUUUCCUCUUAUACCACAGCAAUUUGUCACCUUUUAAAAAUUUCCGUUCAUUAAAUAAUGACGUUUUGGUUUUUA